UUAAAUACGCGGCGCCGGCGAGUGCGUCGAGCUCGCCGCGGACUCAAGAUGGCGGCGUGUGGACGUGUACGGAGGAUGUUCCGCUUGUCGGCGGCGCUGCAUCUGCUGCUGCUAUUCGCGGCCGGGGCCGAGAAACUUCCCGGCCAGGGCGUCCACAGCCAGGGCCAGGGUCCCGGGGCCAACUUUGUGUCCUUCGUAGGGCAGGCCGGAGGCGGCGGCCCGGCGGGUCAGCAGCUGCCCCAGCUGCCUCAGUCAUCGCAGCUCCAGCAGCAACAGCAGCAGCAGCAACAGCAACAGCAGCUUCAGCCGCCGCAGCCGCCUUUCCCGGCGGGUGGGCCUCCGGCCCGGCGGGGAGGAGCGGGGGCUGGUGGGGGCUGGAAGCUGGCGGAGGAAGAGUCCUGCAGGGAGGACGUGACCCGCGUGUGCCCUAAGCACACCUGGAGCAACAACCUGGCGGUGCUCGAGUGCCUGCAGGAUGUGAGGGAGCCUGAAAAUGAAAUUUCUUCAGACUGCAAUCAUUUGUUGUGGAAUUAUAAGCUGAACCUAACUACAGAUCCCAAAUUUGAAUCUGUGGCCAGAGAGGUUUGCAAAUCUACUAUAACAGAGAUUAAAGAAUGUGCUGAUGAACCGGUUGGAAAAGGUUACAUGGUUUCCUGCUUGGUGGAUCACCGAGGCAACAUCACUGAGUAUCAGUGUCACCAGUACAUUACCAAGAUGACGGCCAUCAUUUUUAGUGAUUACCGUUUAAUCUGUGGCUUCAUGGAUGACUGCAAAAAUGACAUCAACAUUCUGAAAUGUGGCAGUAUUCGGCUUGGAGAAAAGGAUGCACAUUCACAAGGUGAGGUGGUAUCAUGCUUGGAGAAAGGCCUGGUGAAAGAAGCAGAAGAAAGAGAACCCAAGAUUCAAGUUUCUGAACUCUGCAAGAAAGCCAUUCUCCGGGUGGCUGAGCUGUCAUCAGAUGACUUUCACUUAGACCGGCAUUUAUAUUUUGCUUGCCGAGAUGAUCGGGAGCGUUUUUGUGAAAAUACACAAGCUGGUGAGGGCAGAGUGUAUAAGUGCCUCUUUAACCAUAAAUUUGAAGAAUCCAUGAGUGAAAAGUGUCGAGAAGCACUUACAACCCGCCAAAAGCUGAUUGCCCAGGAUUAUAAAGUCAGUUAUUCAUUGGCCAAAUCCUGUAAAAGUGACUUGAAGAAAUACCGGUGCAAUGUGGAAAACCUUCCGCGAUCGCGUGAAGCCAGGCUCUCCUACUUGUUAAUGUGCCUGGAGUCAGCUGUACACAGAGGGCGACAAGUCAGCAGUGAGUGCCAGGGGGAGAUGCUGGAUUACCGACGCAUGUUGAUGGAAGACUUUUCUCUGAGCCCUGAGAUCAUCCUAAGCUGUCGGGGGGAGAUUGAACACCAUUGUUCCGGAUUACAUCGAAAAGGGCGGACCCUACACUGUCUGAUGAAAGUAGUUCGAGGGGAGAAGGGGAACCUUGGAAUGAACUGCCAGCAGGCGCUUCAAACACUGAUUCAGGAGACUGACCCUGGUGCAGAUUACCGCAUUGAUCGAGCUUUGAAUGAAGCUUGUGAAUCUGUAAUCCAGACAGCCUGCAAACAUAUAAGAUCUGGAGACCCAAUGAUCUUGUCGUGCCUGAUGGAACAUUUAUACACAGAGAAGAUGGUAGAAGACUGUGAACACCGUCUCUUAGAGCUGCAGUAUUUCAUCUCCCGGGAUUGGAAGCUGGACCCUGUCCUGUACCGCAAGUGCCAGGGAGACGCUUCUCGUCUUUGCCAUACCCACGGUUGGAAUGAGACCAGUGAAUUUAUGCCUCAGGGAGCUGUGUUCUCUUGUUUAUACAGACACGCCUACCGCACUGAGGAACAGGGAAGGAGGCUCUCACGGGAGUGCCGAGCUGAAGUCCAAAGGAUCCUACACCAGCGUGCCAUGGAUGUCAAGCUGGAUCCUGCCCUCCAGGAUAAGUGCCUGAUUGAUCUGGGAAAAUGGUGCAGUGAGAAAACAGAGACUGGACAGGAGCUGGAGUGCCUCCAGGACCAUCUGGAUGACUUGGUGGUGGAGUGUAGAGAUAUAGUUGGCAACCUCACUGAGUUAGAAUCAGAGGAUAUUCAAAUAGAAGCCUUGCUGAUGAGAGCCUGUGAGCCCAUAAUUCAGAACUUCUGCCACGAUGUGGCAGAUAACCAGAUAGACUCUGGGGACCUGAUGGAGUGUCUGAUACAGAACAAACACCAGAAGGACAUGAACGAGAAGUGUGCCAUCGGAGUCACCCACUUCCAGCUGGUGCAGAUGAAGGAUUUUCGGUUUUCUUACAAGUUUAAAAUGGCCUGCAAGGAGGACGUGUUGAAGCUUUGCCCAAACAUAAAAAAGAAGGUGGACGUGGUGAUCUGCCUGAGCACGACCGUGCGUAAUGACACUCUGCAGGAAGCCAAGGAGCACAGGGUGUCCCUGAAGUGCCGCAGGCAGCUCCGCGUGGAGGAGCUGGAGAUGACGGAGGACAUUCGCUUGGAGCCAGAUCUAUACGAAGCCUGCAAGAGUGACAUCAAAAACUUCUGUUCCACUGUGCAAUAUGGCAACGCUCAGAUUAUCGAAUGUCUGAAAGAAAACAAGAAGCAGCUAAGCACCCGCUGCCACCAAAAAGUAUUUAAGCUGCAGGAGACAGAGAUGAUGGACCCAGAGCUAGACUACACCCUCAUGAGGGUCUGCAAGCAGAUGAUAAAGAGGUUCUGUCCAGAAGCAGAUUCUAAAACCAUGUUGCAGUGCUUGAAGCAAAAUAAAAACAGUGAAUUGAUGGAUCCCAAAUGCAAACAGAUGAUAACCAAGCGCCAGAUCACCCAGAACACAGAUUACCGCUUAAACCCCAUGCUAAGAAAAGCCUGUAAAGCUGACAUUCCUAAAUUCUGUCACGGUAUCCUGACUAAGGCCAAGGAUGAUUCAGAAUUAGAAGGACAAGUCAUCUCUUGCCUGAAGCUGAGAUAUGCUGACCAGCGCCUGUCUUCAGACUGCGAAGACCAGAUCCGAAUCAUUAUCCAGGAGUCCGCCCUGGACUACCGCCUGGAUCCUCAGCUCCAGCUGCACUGCUCAGAUGAGAUCUCCAGUCUAUGUGCUGAAGAAGCAGCAGCCCAAGAGCAGACAGGUCAGGUGGAGGAGUGCCUCAAGGUCAACCUGCUCAAGAUCAAAACAGAAUUGUGUAAAAAGGAAGUGCUAAACAUGCUGAAGGAAAGCAAAGCAGACAUCUUUGUUGACCCGGUACUUCAUACUGCUUGUGCCCUGGACAUUAAACACCACUGCGCAGCCAUCACCCCUGGCCGCGGGCGUCAAAUGUCCUGUCUCAUGGAAGCACUGGAGGAUAAGCGGGUGAGGUUACAGCCCGAGUGCAAAAAGCGCCUCAAUGACCGGAUUGAGAUGUGGAGUUACGCAGCAAAGGUGGCCCCAGCAGAUGGCUUCUCUGAUCUUGCCAUGCAAGUAAUGACGUCUCCAUCUAAGAACUACAUUCUCUCUGUGAUCAGUGGGAGCAUCUGUAUAUUGUUCCUGAUUGGCCUGAUGUGUGGACGGAUCACCAAGCGAGUGACACGAGAGCUCAAGGACAGGCUACAAUACAGGUCAGAGACAAUGGCUUAUAAAGGUUUAGUGUGGUCUCAGGAUGUGACAGGCAGUCCAGCCUGACCUUUCUGCACACUCCAGACAAACUUCCCAGACAAGCUCCUUUGUGCCUCUACGUGGAGAGGGUGUGGAAAGUUAUCACAUUAAAAGAUGGAGGAUUU